AUGUUGAACCAACUCAUCAACUGGCUCUCCGCCCCUGGAAUCAAGGGCGCCAUCGAAGAGAGGGCCCCGACGCAGCAUGUCGCCCUCAAGUCCAGCAUCGCCGACGGCAAGGACAGUAUCGCCGUGGUAAGUGAUGCCAAAGCGUCGGACUCCCAAUCUGUCAACAUCACCGGCUACGUGGCGCAGACCAAGACGGGCAGACUGGACCGAUGGCUCGACGCCCUCGUCACGGCCUCGGGCUCAGAGCCAGUCUUCCUCAUCAUCGUCGCCGGUCUUUUAGUCUGGGCCUUCACCGGCAUCCGCUACGGCGAGCAAGACAACUGGGCCGCUCUGAUUUCCGACAUCCAAGCCAUCGUCAGCUACCUGUUCGACUCGCUGCUCAUGCGCCAGCAGCUCAAUGGAUACGAGCGCCAGGUACGAGCCGCCGCGGGUCUGAGGUCGCGCACCCAGAGCCAGAAGAGGAUGAUGCGCCGCGUCCUAGCCAGCGGUCGGUGUAAACGCGCCCGUGUCCAGGAUGUCCAGGCCGCAGAGUCGUCGAGGUUUGGACCAGAGCUCCCCGCGGAGAACUGGGCCGGACGGGCGUCCAACUGUUUUGCCGCGUUUCUCGGCCACUUUGCCACCAUUUGCAUGUACUGGGCGUGCAUCGGCGUCUGGCUCGCGUUUGGGCAUUACUGCGGCUGGAGUGACCGGUGGCAGCUGUACAUCAACUCGGCCACGUCGGCGCUCAUGGUGCUCAUCUUUGCCUUCCUGGCGAACAUCCGCGAGCGGCACACGGUGUACAUUGAGCGGUGCCUCGACGCCAUAUUCGAGGUCGAUUCCGAGGUGGAGCUGAAGCUUCGGGGCCUCACCGGCGAUGCGGAGGAGAAUCCCGUCGUGGUCAUUCCCGCGCCUCGCGUGAAUGGGAUCCAGCGCGCCAUCUUCUACUACGCCGACGUCAUCGGGACCCUUGUUGGCAUUGCGCUGCUCGUCGUUGUCAUGGUCGUGUGGAUCUGCAUCGGCCCGGCGAUGAGGUGGGAUGACAACUGGUGGCUUCUCAUCGGCACGUAUGCCGGCUUGGUUGGGCUGGUGGAUGGCUUUGUCCUGCGCAACGUCCAGCAGCGGCUGCACCAGUAUGAAGAGGCCGCGCUCGAGAGCGCCAAGCUCGAGGAUGUGGCCAUGGCCGAUGAGAUGGGCGUGCCUCCGCCGGACAGGGCCGUGGUCAACCUCGGUUCCGUCAACUAUCGGCUAUCCAACGCCAUGGGCGUCAUCUGCGCGCACGAGUUGACCGUUAUUUUGGGCGUCGUCGUCGUCGUCGGGCUCAUUGUCGGGGCGAGCGCGAUGAAGUGGACUACUACGGGACAGCUGCUUUGCAAUAUCCCGCCGAGCAUCGUUGAGACAUUCUUCAUGAUGAUUCUCAUCACGGGACAUAAUCUCUCCGAGGCUGCGUGGCGAGCUGAUCUUCACAACAUGUACUUGUGGCGACUGAGGAUGUUGUCGUUUGUUGAUCAUUUGGAGAAGAGUGAAGAGGCAGCCACCGAAAAGACCCCGGAUACUGUUGCUUUGGAGUAG